GCACGCGACUGGGUACAACCCCCAGCGGUGCUCAUGGAAAGCGACUCGGAGCCAGAUCUGGCAUUGCCAGCGCCUCGGGAGAGCAGAUUCAAGGCGCUGGUGCCCUUGGCUCUGGCGUGCCUGGCGUGCCUGGCGGUGCUGGGGCUCCUCGCGCGGUCAACAGAGACGCGCGCGGAGGUGAAGGUCGAGCACGCCUUGCGGGGGGUGGUGCAAGAAUGGGCGCCCACGCGGCCGGAGGAGGUGCUGCCUAUGGAGCAGUGGGCCAAGGUCUUCAAGGUGGACGAUCUCAACAGCAGCACAGCCCAGCGGAGGUAUUAUCAGUACUCCCACCACCCUAUCUUCAUCCAAAAGAAGGCCUGGAUGGAGGACCAGAUGAGCUGGCAGAUUGCCCGGGAGUGCCCCCCCUUGUCCAUCGGCAUCGACUUGGUGCUGGACAAAGCCAUGCCCGCCAUUCGCGAUGUGCCCUCGCCCUCAGACUGCCAGAAGGCAUGCACUGAGACGCCGGAGUGCCUGGCCUUUGCGUGGGUAAGGAGUGGGAAUCUGACCAGGACCUGCUUCAGGAAGACCUCGGCAACAAUGUUGAGCAUGCCUACGCAGGUGCCUAAGGACAGCUUCGUGAGCGGCCGGCCCUGCUUGCGAGAGAACCGUACCGAGAUGCGCUUUCCCACGAAGGAGCUGGAGCAGUUCAAGUUGCCCUCGCCGCCCCCGGCGCCGCCGCGGCCCCGGGGCGCGGCGCGGAUGCUGUGCCUGGCGGUGUGCCUGCCCUUCACGCAGGAGCAGGAUCUCCUCGUCAUGCAGUACCGUUUUGGCACCCACAUUUUUGCGUGCGACAACUACGCCAUCUACAGCUCCUUGCUGCUGGAGCUGGUGCCAGGGGUGUUUACCCGGAGGGUGAACAGCACGCUGCUGGGAGAGCUCGGUGGGCCUUACAUGACGGUUCUGAACUUGGCUGCGUUCAUGGCCGUUUGGAAGCAGGUUCUUGCGGACGGAGAGUAUCUCCACCACGACUGGAUCCUGAAGGUGGACCCUGACACGGUCUUCCUGGUGGACCGGCUGCGGCCCAUCCUGCAGGAGCAUGGCCGGGUGCUGGGCCAGUCCGGGGCCUAUUUGAAUAACUGCGACAUGGGCCUCCACGGGCCUUUGGAGAUCUUCUCCCGGCAAGCGCUGAACACCUUCUUCGAGAGCUCCGAGUAUUGCGCCAAGCAGCUGGAUGGGGGCAAGGAAUGCAAGAAGGACUGCUCAGCGUUCUGGGACCCCAACUACCGCGAGCGAUGCAAUGGGCCCUGCACGCUGUGGUGGGGAGAGGAUAUUUGGGUAGACCAAUGCCUCAUGCGCUUCACCGAGGUGGCUCGAGUCUACGACCCCCGGCUGUUGACGGAGGAGCACUGCCAUCCCCAGUCUGGCUGGCGGAACUGCAAGGACCCAAGCUCGGUGGCCUUCCACCCUUUCAAGACCCCCCAGGAGUAUAAGACCUGCUUCGAGUCUGCCACGGGGCAUGAGCUGAUUGCGUAGGCAAUCUCUCUGCGCACAGCUUCCACCAAUUCGUCUGAGAGCAGCGCAGACAAAACCUCCGCGACUGUUGGUCAUGGGCGGUUCUAGCUGGUUUCAUGGGCAGCUAGGCUUUACAAACCAUGCCGCUAGAACCAAAUGUCGAUGCGUUUUGGGCGCUGAGAUGAAUUGAGUUGAAAGACCGUUCCCGACUUUUGGUGUCCGUUCGGUACUAGACCUGAUUUACUUGUGA